UACCGCUAUGUAAAAUGGCGGCGUAAGCCUCGUUCAAAACACAGUUUUUUUUACCUGAGAGAGCGAGGUGAGCUAACGUCUGAGAAACCCGUCUGCGAUACGACGAGCCGCCCGCGGAUCACUCAGAGGUAGAGGUUGGAAUUUACAUUCCUGAAAAAGAGCAGGUGGGAUGGCGAAGAGGAUCGCUGAUAAAGAGCUAACGGACAGGAACUGGGAUCAGGAGGAGGAGGGAGAGGAGGCUGGAACGUUUUCAGUUGCAAGUGAUGAUGUGUUGAAAAAUCGGGCGAUUAAGAAAGCCAAACGCAGAAAUAUUGGAACAGAGGGCGAAGGCAGUGGAACCUUCAAAGGUUUUAAAGGGUUUUCUUUGACCACGGCGCCGGCGAGCGGAGGCUCUGCUCCGACGGCGUUUUCAGGUUUCGGGAACGGCGGCGGCUUUAAGGGCCUCAGCGGUCUGACCAACGGAAACAGCAGCACUCCGUCAUUCGGAGGCUUCUCAUCUCCUGCUGCAACAACUGCUGCUGCUACACCUGGUGAGGAGACAAACUUUGGCUUCAAAUAUGAAUUUGUUGAUAUUUCUCGGCUGAUGUGA